GCGGAGUGGACGCGUUUCGAACGAAAGUCGCCCACCGAGACGUAAACACACGAAUAUAAUAAGAACUUUCCAAAUUCGAAAUUGUUCUAAUUCGGUUCGAAGUUCAACGAGUCUGUGUUUCGAAUUUUUGUUUUGUAAACAAUCAGUGUUGUUUUUUUUUUAUUUGUGCCAGCCACUAACUUUGUUACAUGUAAAUGUGAUCGACGUUAGAAUGAGACAAAGCUAUUGAUUUUGUGUUGUGCGCGAAAGUGACAAGAUGAUGUCGCGCAGUAUUAAAUAUCAGCGUCUCGACGACGUUGAAGAGACUGGCGACAAUGAUCAGGACCUGGUGGCGGUCAGGGUGCCGAUCAACGGUAUGACAUGCCAGUCGUGCGUCAGGAGCAUCGAAGGAUCGGUCAGAGACGUGCCAGGUGUGGAACGCGUUAAGGUGGAGUUAUCAGAGAACGCCGGCUACAUCAGAUAUGACCCCCGACUGUGUUCGCUGGAAGCGAUCAGGUCUCACAUAGAAGACAUGGGGUUUGAGGUCCCUGUCGACAAUGACGACGAAAGCAGAAAUCUCCUGCCGAAGGAUGUGCCGACCGCUAUUAUGAUCGACAUGACCGGCAGCCAGACGCCGCCCGUCAGCGAAGUCUUCCUCUCAGUGAUCGGCAUGACCUGCCAAUCCUGCGUCAACACCAUAGAAGGAGCGUUAAAAGCAAAGUCGGGAGUCACAAAAGGACACGUGUCGCUCGCCGAUGGAACAGCCCGCGUGGGCUACCUGCCUAGCACCGUCACGCCCAGGGAGAUAGCGGAUCUGAUAUACGAAUUGGGCUUCGACGUCAACAUCAUAUCCGUCGACGGACAGGUUUAUACGGAAAAUAAGUCUCAAAUAUGUAACAACACAGAGGGAUCUGGUGAUUGCGCUAAGCAAUUGUCUCCGUUCAAGAACAAACUUCAAACGAAUGGUUCAGGUCCGCCGGUCGCCGAGGCGGAACUGUCCCGAUGUACGCUGGAAGUUCGCGGGAUGACCAGCGCCAGUUGUGUCUCCGCGAUAGAAAAAUAUUGCACGAAAUUAUAUGGGGUGCGUUCAGUGCUGAUCGCUCUGUUGGCUGCGAAGGCCGAGGUCUGCUACGAGCCCCGUAAGAUCUCGGCCUUAGACGUGGCCAAUUCCAUAACGGAGCUGGGCUUUCCGUCGGAGGUCAUCAGCGAGAACGACGGCAGCGGCUUAAAGGAAAUACAUUUGCUGAUAAAGGGAAUGACGUGCGCUUCAUGUGUAAAUAAAAUAGAGAAAACGGUACUUAAGCUGACCGGAGUCGAAUCCUGCUCCGUGGCCCUGACGACAUGCAAGGGCCGCGUCAAAUACAACGCAGAACAGAUCGGGCCCCGCACGAUAUGCGACGCGGUCGCCGGGCUCGGGUUCGAGGCGACGGUCGCCAGCCCGCACAACCGGGGGGAGACCAGCUAUUUGGAACACAGAGAGGAGAUAAGGAAGUGGCGGAACGCGUUUCUGGUCUCGCUGGUGUUCGGGGCUCCGUGCAUGGCCGCCAUGGCGUACUUCAUGUCCAUGAUGUCGCACGGCCACAGCGCCAAGGAUAUGUGCUGCGUGCUGCCCGGACUCAGUUUGGAGAACCUGGUCAUGUUCCUGUUGGCGACGCCGGUGCAGUUCAUAGGCGGCUGGCAUUUCUACAAGCAAGCUUAUAAAGCUCUAAAGCACGGCACGACCAACAUGGACGUGCUGAUAGCAAUGACAACCACCAUUAGCUACGUAUAUUCUCUAGGUGUGGUUGUAGCUUCCAUGGCGACCCUCCAAGAGGCCAGUCCGGUCACGUUCUUCGACACGCCACCCAUGCUGCUGGUCUUCGUGUCUCUGGGCAGGUGGCUGGAGCACAUAGCCAAGGGUAAAACAUCGGAAGCCCUGUCGAAGUUGUUGUCACUGAAGGCAACGGAAGCCGUGCUGGUGACCCUGGACGACAGCGGUAACAUUAUAAACGAGAAGUGCAUACCGGUUGACCUGGUGGAACGCGGAGACAUCCUGAAGGUAGUACCGGGCGCCAAGAUACCGGUCGACGGCAAAGUCAUAUCCGGUCAGACGACGUGCGACGAGUCCCUGAUAACCGGGGAAUCUAUGCCGGUGCCGAAGACGAAAGAUUCCCUGGUGAUCGGGGGCAGCAUGAACUCCAACGGCGCCGUGCUGAUGCUGGCGACCCACACCGGGGAAAGUUCGACCCUGGCCCAGAUCGUGCGGCUGGUGGAGAGCGCGCAGAGCAGUAAGGCGCCCGUGCAGCGACUCGCCGACACCAUGGCGGGGUAUUUCGUUCCGUUGGUGGUGUUCCUGUCCGUCCUGACGCUGGUCUGCUGGAUCAUAAGCGGGGCUCUGGACAUAAACAGGAUAAAGGCCAUCACUCCUGAGGUCUACCUGAACGCUGGCUACUCGGACUGGGAGCUGAUCGUGCAGUCGGCGUUCCACUUCGCGCUGUCGGUGCUCGCCAUCGCGUGCCCGUGCGCGCUGGGGCUGGCCACGCCCACCGCCGUCAUGGUGGCCACGGGCGUGGGCGCCAACCUGGGGUUGCUCAUCAAGGGCGCGGAGCCGCUCGAGAACGCGCACAAGGUGAAAACUGUGAUAUUCGACAAGACCGGCACCAUAACGCGGGGCUGCACCACCGUCGCCAGGCUGUGCCUCUUCACGGGGGAGCCGGCCGCCCUGCCGGACCUCGUCGCCUGCCUCCUCGCCGCCGAACUCAACUCCGAACACCCUGUAGCUUCAGCUAUAGUCCAGUGGUGCAGUGCGGUGCUGAAGGGCGCGAACCCCCUGCAGUGUACCGGCUUCGUGGCCGCCCCUGGAUGCGGCCUCAGGGCGAAGCUAAAAGCAACGAACAGCUCCGCCAUACACGUGCCGGAGCUGGCCAACAUCGUCAACCAAGCCAAGCCGGGGUGCACGUUCGACCUUCACGGCGUCCCCGUCGAGGUGGUGGCGGGCAGUGACGAUGCUGCCCUGAGCUCGGCCCAGGCAGCCGCGAGACUGCACCGAUUGAUCAGGACUGAGGACGGAGAUGAGUCGGCGGAGCACAUAGUCCUGAUCGGGAACCGCGAGUGGAUGAGUCGCAACGGAGUCAACGUGCCGCGGCCGGUCCAGAAGGCGCUGUCCCAACACGAGGAGCUCGGCUAUACGGCCGUGCUGGCUGCCAUCGAUGAUCAGCUGGUCUGCACCAUCGGCGUCGCAGACGAAGUGAAGCCCGAAGCCCACCUGGCCGUCUACUGGCUGAAGAAGAUGGGCCUCGAGGUGUGCCUGCUGACGGGAGACAACAGGAAGACAGCAGUCGCCAUCGCCAGACAGGUCGGCAUCAGGAAGGUGUACGCGGAGGUGCUGCCCUCGCACAAGGUCGCCAAAAUACAGAAGCUGCAGGAGGAGGGGCAGAGGGUGGCCAUGGUCGGUGAUGGCGUCAACGACUCUCCAGCCCUGGCGCAGGCCGACGUGGGCAUCGCCAUCGCCAGCGGCACCGACGUGGCCGUGGAGGCCGCAGACCUGGUGCUCAUGAGGAACGAUCUACUAGACGUGGUGGCCUGCUUGAACCUGUCCAGGACCACCGUGAGGAGGGUCAGGCUGAACUUCCUUUUCGCUUCCGUCUACAAUCUGCUAGGGAUACCGCUGGCGAGCGGAGCCUUCGCAUUGUACGGAAUGCAGCUGCAGCCCUGGAUGGCGUCAGCUGCGAUGGCGAUGAGCUCAGUCUCCGUAGUCUGCUCAAGCUUGCUGCUCAAAACUUUCAGGAAACCAACGAUCGAAGAGUUGAGAACGCCGGAGUACCUCCAGUCGAUCCGGCUCGAGGAUCUGGACAGCGUGUCCGUGCACCGGGGACUCGACGAGAGAGUGGACCCCAGCGACCGUAGUGUCACCGCUCUAUCCAAAUUUUUCAACAGAGCCAAAGCCGACGAGGGUUGCCUCCUGCAGGACGACGACGAGCUGGCCGCCGUCUCCUUCAUACCGAAACAGCUUUCGCGCGACAGCCCUAGCCUGAACGCCUGAUAAGACUGAUAGCGUAGGUGCAUUCCGCAAACCAGACAAAAUCGAAUACAUUAUGAGGCUUCCAAUCAUCAAUACAAGUGAUCGCAUGUGACCGUGGACAUGUUUCAAGCGAGCAACGCAUUCAAUGUUAAAGUUUUCAAGAAGUCGCGCCCAAAAUAUGACGUCAUUUGGGGCCAAAUCAGUGUGCUAGUGAACUUUACCAGAAGCUCUAUUGAUACAAGUGAUGACAUGUGACCGCGGACAUAUUUCAAGCGAGCAACGCACUCUAUCUUAAAGUUUUCAAGAUGUCGCGCCCAAAUUAUGACGUCAUUUGGGGCCAAAUCAGUGUGCUAGUGAACUUUACCAGGAGUUCUAUCAAUACAAGUGAUGACAUGUGACCGCGGACAUAUUUCAAGCGAGCAACGCACUCUAUCUUAAAGUUUUCAAGAAGUCGCGCCCAAAUUAUGACGUCUUUUGGGGCCAAAUCAGUGUGUUAGUGAACUUUACCAGAAGCUCUAUCGAUACAAGUGAUCACAUGUGACCGCGGACAUAUUUCAAGCGAGCAACGCACUCAAUCUUAAAGUUUUCAAGAAGUCGCGCCCAAAUUAUGACGUCAUUUGGGGCCAAAUCAGUGUGUUAGUGAACUUCACUAAGACCUACUGCCUAGUUCUGCCUCUAAGCAAUCGUUCGUUUCAAGUCAACGCGCGGGGCAGCCGGCGGGUGAUGACAAUGGACUCGCUUCACGGGUGUACACUGAAAGACAAAGAUUACACACAAAUGACGUCACAAGUUGGGUUUUUUAAAACAAACAAAAAAUAGUAUUAUAUAAUAUUAUAUAUUUUUAUUUAACAAUUCUAAAUUUAAGUGACUAAUGUUAUGCUAGAAGCAAUGAACGAAUAAUAUUUUUAGUUUACUUAACGAAUUUAUAAAAUACAUAUACAAUUCUAGCGAUGAAAGGCUAUUUGGUUUAAGCG